AUGCCACCCGAUGAGGGGGGGCAGAGCUCGCCCCCUCGGUUGUGUUCGGCGGCCGAUGGGUACGCUGCCCCCAUAGUCGCGGAGGAUCUGUUGCAGCUGCAGCGUAUUGUUUGUGGGUUUCUCAUCAGGUGACAGUGCGAGCGGAGGUUCUAGGAGCGACAAGAGAAGCCCCUUGAUCUUCAUAAGGGGGUGCUUCUGCGAACGCCGGUGCUGUCGCCAAGUGCGACACCGGUGAAAGAGAGUGUCGUGGUCGAUAGGUUUGCGGUUGGUGGUACUGCUGCCGUACUGAGCAUCAACACGGACCAGAGGUCGACCUCCUCGUACGAGAUGAGUGAUCGGACCCAUUUUACGGCCCCGCUGCUGCCGGCCACCUCAGCGCGGUGUCAGAGCUCAGCACCCGCCCUGUGGGGAGGCCGCGAGCCUGCAGUCCCCCCUCGGGCACGGCUGCGGGCUCGUGGUGUGCGGAGGUGA